AUGAACAAGGAGAAUUACACAGCUGUGACUGAGUUUUUUCUGGUAGGGCUUUCUCAUUACCCAGGCCUCCUGCUAGCUCUUUAUGUACUCUGCCUGGUGAUGUACCUGGUGAUCCUGUUGGGAAACAGCAUCCUCAUUAUCAUCAGCAUCCUGGAUCCCCACCUUCACACCCCUAUGUAUUUUUUCCUUGGGAACCUCUACUUUUUGGACAUCUGCUACACAUCCUCCUCUAUCCCUCAAAUGCUGAUAAAUGUUAUGUCUGAGAGAAAAACCAUCUCCUUCAUUGGGUGUGCCCUGCAGAUGGUUAUUUCUCUUGGACUGGGGUGCACAGAGUGCGUUCUCCUGGCAGUGAUGGCCUAUGACAGGUAUGUUGCCAUCUGCAAUCCCCUAAGAUACACCAUCAUCAUGAACAAGGGACUCUGUGCACAAGUGGCUGCUUGGACCUGGAUAACAGGAUUUCUGGUCUCUCUGGUACAAACUGUGCUUGCCCUUAUAAAGCCUUUCUGUGGAAAUAUCAUUGAUCAUCUUACUUGUGAAAUCCUGGCCCUUCUCAAGCUUCUCUGUGGAGACAUUUCCCUUAAUGUUUUUAUCAUGACAGUUGCAAGUAUUGUUAUUUUAAUUACUCCUCUGUUGCUGAUUUUCUUCUCCUAUAUCUUUAUCAUCUUCACCAUCCUGAGGAUCACCUCUAGUGAAGGGAGGAAGAAAGCCUUUUCUACUUGCUCAGCCCACCUGACCAUGGUGAUCUUGUUCUAUGGUUCAGCCCUUUUCAUAUACAUGAAGCCCAAGUCCAAGGACACUAAGACAUCUGAUGAGCUUAUCGGGCUGUCCUAUGGGGUCAUCACUCCAAUGCUAAAUCCCAUUAUCUACAGUCUAAGGAACAAGGAGGUAAAAAAUGCUAUGGAGAAAUUCUUCAUUAGAAAUCUGCACUUCAAGAGAAUGUGA